ACUUUCUGUCUCCACAGCUCGGAGACCUGUCGUGCUCUCUUUACCCUUUUUCCUUAAAUUAUCGGGCUCCUUAAAUUAGUCAAAUCGCACAUUCUUCUCUUUCCACUCCCUUUCUUCAAUGGCCUUGUUUUGGAGUGAUUUGCGCACAGCAGCGCAAUAGUUAAUGAGUGCCGGAUGCGCCCUCGCUCCAGCAGACCGCUACAGUACGAAGAUGGCGUCGGAGGGAGCCAGUGGAGAGCAGCCUCCUCCGGUACAAACACUGGCCACCGCGGUGCUGGGAAGUGUGGACACGAAAUGUGAGUUCAACAUGGAUAACCUGAGCAAGCCAGAGCUGCUGACCCUGCUGAGUAUCAUGGAGGGCGAGCUGGAGGCCCGCGACCUGGUCAUAGAAGCCCUGAGGGCUCAGAGGAAGGAGGUGUUCCUGCAGGAGCGGUACGGUCACUACAGCCUGACGGACCCCUUCCUGGCCCUGCAGAGGGACUUUGAGAGCGGGGUCCCCGGCGGAGACAAGGAGCGGCGGCCCCUGGGCUCCAGCCCCAUCUCUGUCCUGGAGGCCGUCAUGGCGCACUGCAGGAAGAUGCAGGAGCGCAUGUCCGCACAGCUGGCCGCCGCCGAGAGCCGCCAGAAGAGGCUGGAGAUGGAGAAGUUGCAGCUGCAGAGUCUGGAGCAGGAUCACCGUAAGCUGACGGCGCAGCUGAAGGACGAGCGUGAGAAGAACAAGCACAUCGUCAUGAUGUUGGUGCGCGAGUGCAAGCAGCUGGCCACGCGGGUGGUGGAGGAGUCGCAGCGCUUCGACGAGCUGCAGGCGCGGCUGGACGAGGAGAGCCGUGCCUCUGUCCGGCUGCAGGAGGAGCUCUCCUCCGAGCGGCAACGCAGCCAACAGAUGGAGGCCAAGAUGGAGAAGCAGCUGUCAGAGUUUGACACGGAGCGGGAACAGCUGAGGGCCAGGUUGGGCCGCGAGGAGACGGAGAGCCAGAGUCUACGGCAGCAGGUGGAGCAGCUCAGAACUGAACCGGAAGACGUGAAGGACGCUGCAGAACCUGCUGCCACUGCAGAACCUGCUGCCCCAACCAGCACACCCCCCAAACCCAAAGCUGUGACGUCUGUUUCCGUAGCCACUGAGCCCAUCAGCUCUCGAACAGCAUCUUGUCAAACUGACCUGCCUCCGCCUGAGGUAGACAGUCCCAUCACAAAGAAGAGCCCCCUCACUAUACCCGUCAAACCGACCCCCGCCAACUACGUGGGGCUGAGUCUGCCGAAGACCAGCGGUCGGGGGAUCGUCCACAGCAGUUCGGGAGGACUCGCACAGACGGAGAACGGCUCCGAGGGCCAACCCGCCCACGGCGUCCCAACCGGGGUCAGCCCCCGCGUCCAGGCAGCCCGCUACAAGUUCCAGGAACAGGACCAAAACGGCACAUCGUCCCAGAGUCCUCCGGCCCGGGACCUGUCCCCCACCAACCGAGACAACUUCGCAGCCAAGCAGCAAGCCCGGCACACCGUCACACAGGUCCUGUCGCGCUUCACCAGCCCCCCCACGGGAGGACCCAUGCGUCCGGGCCUGCCCCACUCUGCCUCAGAGGGAGGCCCUUUCCCCGGCCGCCUGAGCCACCCCAUCGGCAUCAAGUCGCCCACGGUGGCCAGGAUCGACCGGGGAAACCCUCCUCCCAUCCCUCCCAAAAAGCCAGGGCUUUCCCAGACCCCCUCUCCCCCUCACCCCUCCAUGAAGGGGGGGGUGGGGGACAGCGGCCGCUCCUCUGGGGUAAAACCGGCCACGCCCCAGCUGCCGCCAAAACCUGCCCUGGACCUCGUCCCAGCCCUGACGGCCUCUCAGGUGGGUGCCUGCUCCCCGGGGGGCGUCCGGACCCCUGCAGCAGCAUGUGCAGAGUGCCCCCCCGUCAUCAGCCCUGCCUCCACUGUCAGUAGCCCCUCCUCCAUAAACCCCCCCUCCACCUCCUCCUCCUCCAUUAGUGCUUCAUCCUCCCGUAGCCCCCGAGCCUCAGCAGGCAGCCCCCUGGCAACAGCAUCAGGCUGGUGUCCCUCCGUAGUCUCCCCCCUCGGCGGCGGAGGCCCUGCUGCCCUGGACGGCGGGCGCCCCCUGCUCCCCCAAGCUGCUUCCCAGGGAAAUGUCACUUUAUUGUCAAUGCUGCUUAACCAACCAGACCCGACCACCAUCACCACCACCACUACCACCACUACUACCACCACCAAGGAGAACAACACUCAUACCGACCAAGACCUCCACCUCUACCACAACCACUACCAAACUGCUGCCUUGUUUGCUGCUGCUCAGAAUGGACACACAGAGUGUGUGAAGCUGCUGCUGUCUGCUGGAUCGCCUGCUGACGUCUCGGAUGAAAAUGGAUUCACGUCUUUACACUUUGCCGCCGCCCACGGACACAGCAGCUGUGUGGAGGUGCUGCUGUCUGCAGGAGCUGCUGUGGAUGUGGCGGCGCCGGGGGGGCAGACCUCCCUCUUCCUGGCGUGUGAGGCGGGGAGUGUGGAGUGUGUCCGGGUCCUGCUGAGUGCCGGGGCCGAUCGCUCACUCUGCACCACGGACGGCUGCACGGCUCUCCACGCCGCCGUACGAUCCGGACACGUGGAAACGCUGCGCCUCCUGCUCUGCCACCCGACUCAGGGUGACCCCGCUGUGACCUCCGCCCCCCCCACCUCCCUCGCUUUACCUGAAGCCCUGCUGAACCGGGACAACAGCGACGGCUGGACUGCCGCUCACAUGGCUGCUGCCCUCGGCCUCAAGGAGUGUCUGGAGGUGCUGUGCAGCCACAGUGAGCAGGACAUCGAGAGGAGGGAUAAAUGUAAUCGCACUAUUCACGACGUGGCUACUGAUGACUGCAAAGACCUGCUGGAAAACCUCCACUCGUACCGGGUGCUGGUGCUCCUCCAGUGCUCGGCUGGAGGAGGUCAGGGCUCCAUGUGUCCGGUGGAGAGUCUGGAGGAGGAGGCACUGCAGGGCGUGUGCAGCCCUCUGGUGCUGGGCCGGGUCACGGUGGACCGGGCGACGCUCUGGAGUCAGCUGAGCUCCAGCCUCAGCGCCGCCUUCACCUCCUUCCUCUGCUCCGUCUGCGGGGAGUCAGAGGAGGAGCAGCGCCCGCCGCUCGGCCUCCGCUCCAGCAGCAUCGCCUCCUUCAUUAUCGGAGACACUGAGUGGUUGCCAGAUCAGGAGCUGCCUCUCUCCCCCUGGGAUCUGGUCAGGAAGCCCCUCAGUCAGAGCGUCACCAUCCGCCUCAAAGGUCUGUCUGAGUCGUGUCUCGAUGAGUCGGCUCUGGAAAGCCUCUUCCCGCUGCCGCUGCUGCACAACUACGUCCGCCUGGUGGAGCAGUAUGGAAACCUGAUCUUCCACGGGCUGGAGGGCAGCUGUCUGGAGUUCAUCGCUAACCUGGUGGCUCGCUGCAUCAAGUCAAAGCAGGAGAUGGGGGGGCUCGGCUGUGACGUGGUGAGGGUGGAGGUGGACGAGAGCCUGACCAAAGAGCAGCUGCUGGAGACCUUCAUCAGCUGUGGUUUCCUGGUGCCUGCGGGGGAGUCGGGCUCUCCCUGUGUGCUGGUGCUGCUGGAGGGUCUGGAGAGAGCAGCGUCCCUCAGCGGCCUGAUGGGGGACCUCUGCCACAGCCUGGACAGCCGGGGCUCUGCGGCUCCGCUGCAUCUGAACACAGGUCUGCACCACUUCUCUGAGGGCAGCUUCCUGAUCGCCACGCUGUCGCGGCCCCGCCUGCAGGGCCCCGAGCUCCGGCUGCAGCAGCACUUCCGCUGGGUGACGCUGCGCUGGGACCAGGAGCCGCUGCAAGGCCUGCUGGGAAGACACCUCCGGAGGAAGCUGCUCCACAAGACGGGGUCCGGUCUCUGUUCCCCUGCCUCCCCCCUGCAGCGCUCUGUGCUGUGGGUGAGGGACGUCUGGCAGCAGCUGAACGCCUGUCUGUCUCGACUCGGGACCCCCGAAGCCCUGCUGGGGCCCCAGCUCUUCCUGUCCUGCCCAGUUCUGCCCGGCAACACACAGGCUGUCAUCAGGUGGCUGUCUCGCCUCUGGAACGCCGUGGUCGUGCCCCGCGUGGAGGAAGCCGUCAUCGCCCGGGUAACGGCCAGACGCUCCAUGACAAACUCCUCUACUUCCUCGACGCCGUCGUCGCAGAGACCGUCUCUUAGCAACAGCGGGCUCAGCGCCGGGCAACAGGCCGUGGUGAAGGCGGCUCUCAGCAUCCUCGUCAACAAAGCGGUGCUGCAGGGCUGCCCUCUGCCCAGACACGAGAUUGACAGCUACCUGCUGGAGUUUAGAGGCGGGACCUUCCCUCUGUCGGCCAUCAGCUCCUAUAAAGGAGGAGGAGGAGGAGGUGGAGGAUGUGGAGGAGGUGGAGGAGGAGGAGGAGGAGGAGGAAGAGGAGGGAGGAAGGGGCGUGACAGUGGAAAGCUGAGACGCUCCAACACCAGCCCCCGCAAGAAGGGAGGCCCCUCAAAUUGGAGCUCCGGAGGCUCCUUCAGAGAGGGCUCACUGUCCAGCUCUGACGUCAGCUUCAUCCCCAACGGCAAAGUCCAGAGGGAGCCUACAGGUCUGUCCGUGUUCUCCGACGACGAGACAGAUUUAAUCCGAGAGCUGCAGACCAUGUGCUCCAGCAAGUCAGAGCCAGACAUCAGCAAGAUCUCUCAGACCAAAGACGACCUGAUCCUGUUCUCCAACUCCUCCUCCUCCCCCCAGAAGGCCGAGCAGGAAACACCCGUUCAGCAGCAGCGACCGCAGACGACCCUCAUCCCUCAGUGCAGCCCGGUCGCCGUGCAGAGCAGCGAGCGACGUUCAGGCCCCCCCCGCUCCAAAUCCCAGCUCCCGGUCCCCAGCAGCAGCAGCAGCAGCAGGCUGGGGGGGCCUCAGACCCGAACCUCCACCUCCACCUCCAGCAGCAGCAGCAGCAGCAGCAGCAGCAACCGAACUCCCCCGAUCCGCAGCCGGACCCCCAACAGCAGCAGAACAAAGCAGGCGCCCCCCCCCAGCAGCAGCAGCAGCAACAACAACUACUACCGCAACAACAACAUGAACGAAAACAGCCAAUCACACGAGGACAUCUGGAUCCUGCAUGAAAACAACAACAACAAGUAAACAUCCUCCCCCCCAGCUGUGAAACCCCUCCCUCCACGAUGUAAAGACUACGACGACUCUUUGACUUUUAGUAUUUGUACUUGUUAUGCGUACUUGUUACACUGUACUGCAGUUGUGUACUUGGGGACCACAGUUUUAUUCACAGUAUUUGAAGUAUUUGUUUUGGUCUGGUGAAGGAAUAAAAAAUAGAGGAAAGGUUACGUUACUGUUGCCUUAUUCCAGGGUAUCGACCUGCUGAGGACGGGACAGUAGUUGUAAAGUAUUUAACUGGUGGAGACUGUGCUGACGCAGUAUUUCUGUGUACUUAUACUGCGCCGAGGAGUAACCGAACGUGUUUUUUGGAUCAAAGAAAGCAGGUUUCAAGUUUCUUUUUAUGGCUAUUAAGUAUUUUGAGAAGUGUUUUAUCUUUAAAUAGGUUGGUUUAAAUACUGUUGAGAUUAAUCAGGGUUUUACCAAAUAUAUUUGUAAAUAAGAAUUAGUAAAUGCUCUAUAGAUUGGUGUACGUGGUAUGACGCUUGUACAGUGACGAUUAAAAACCUUAAAGCUGAAAAAAAGUGAGGAGUUGUACAUAGUGUUUGUAAAACCAGUUUCUGAACCCUCCACUUGUUUCAGAGUGGAGCGGCCGUGGCAAUAAGUAAUAGAUCUGUAAAAAUCACAGGAUGUCCUUUCAACUGUAAGCCAUAAUAAAUAUUUUAAAUGCC